GCUAAAAUUAGUAACAUUCCGGAUUUAUGUAAUUAUUGUAUAUCAGAGUUUAUGUAACCCUAACCACGAACAAUUAUAGCAGACUUUGAAAGAUUGAUUUGGAACAGAAUAAUGUUUCCGAGAGCAAUUGCAAGGCAUUUGGCGUCUGGACGCAUGCGGAUGAGUUUUGCUACACUUCCAAAUACUGUUGCUAACGUCACAAGUGUCCAAUGCAAGGAUUCUGUUGGCCAUUUCCUAGACAGAUAUGAUACAUUCAUGUUCGACUGUGAUGGGGUGUUGUGGAAGAACGACCAUAUCACACCGAUCCCAGGAAUAGAGCAUGCAAUACAAAAAUUACAAGCACUGAACAAACGUGUUUUGUAUGUUACUAAUAAUAGCAUUGUGUCACGUGAGGCAUUACAACGGAAGUUUCGUGCACACGGGUUUGAAUCGCCUCUUGAAAAUAUAUUUGGAAACGGAUAUUCGGCAGCUAUAUUUCUUAAAGAUAUUCUGAAAGUUUCAGGAAAGGUUUACCUAGUCGGUGGUGCGGGAAUGAAAUGGGAGUUGGACCAGGUUGGUUUAGAAAGUGUUGGAAUCGGGUCGGACUGUGAUAACCCGACGUCAGAUGUCGACGAACUGCUCAAAUAUACAUUAACUGACAACAUUGAAGCAGUACUCGUAGGCUUUGACGAGCAUUUCAGCUUUAAUAAGAUCUAUAAGGCUGCGACAUACAUUUGCAAUCCAAAAUGCCAUUUUGUUGCAACAAACAAUAUAGAAAAGGGAACAUUUAUUGGAGAAGCAGACGACAGGCGCCGUAUGCCAUUGACCGGCACGAUGGUCAAUGCCAUUGCUGAAACUGCGAACAGGAAGCCAGUGGUUGUCGGUAAGCCUAAAAGAAUUAUGUUGGACUGUAUUCUUAGAAAACAUGACGUUGAUGUCAGCCGGACGGUGUUCAUUGGUGACAGUCUUAAAGCCGACGUUGGGUUUGCGAAAAGAGUCGGAAUUGAUUCGGCGUUAGUUUUAACUGGUGUCAGCGGAAUAAACGAUAUAGAAGACGCACCAGAGCUGACACCAAAUUAUGUACUGAACUGUUUGGCAGAUAUUGUCACGUGAUGUCUGUUCACCUUUUAUUAUCAUGUCAUAUCUAUACUAGACAAUAUUAUGACGAAUUUAUUCAAUUAUUUAAUGACUUAAGUUAUGCACACAGAAGAAAACAUUGUUGAAUUUUAUCACACUUUUCAGAACGAAUUGUGGCUUGUUCAUUGUACAUUUUAAUACAGUUUUGUUUAGAUGUGAAUGUUUUAUAUUUUACGUAAAUUGCACGGUGUCUUUAUACAUGAUAUUAUAGAUUACUUAUGAUAAGUCUCAGGGAAUCAUUAAUGACGAAAAAUUGUAUAUACUAAUAUGAUAUAUAAUAUAAUAUGAUGUAUACAAUUCCAGUCAUUUAUGUUUAUUUAAUAUGUAAUGUAAUUGUUUAUUUGCUGUUUAUUUGAACAGGACAUUUUAUCGUUUUUUUAGUUUCUAUGACAUUAUAUAUGGAAGUACAUAUUGAUACUGCUGGUCAGAAAUUCUAUUCUUAACAAGUGUACAUAGUAACAGUUGUUUUAUUUGUAUGCUAUUUCAAUGCAGUAUUUUGUAAAAAUAAAAGAUACACAAAAACAUCAGUCUACUGUCCU